AGGCCUCCGGGGCAGGAGGUGGGGGAGUGCCCGAGUUAACUAAACGCCGGCACGCCCGACUGCACCGUCCUGUUCCACACACUGUUCCCGGUGGUACCAGUUCUGAGGCUGGACCGCACACCUGCAUAACCUGUCUUCCACCUCCGGGGUUUCCCCCUCGAGCUAUUUUUGAAAACCCCAAUUUCUACGAAGUUCCUGUGGUUGCUGGGCAUCCCGGCAAUAUUGCAACGUUAAUGGGACCAGGAGUUCUGGAGAUGCUAAAGCAAAGUUAGGGGACCUUUGGCUGAUUCUGAGACAAGGCAUACUUGGCAACGUCUCAGUGUCCUAUCUGCAGCUGGAAGAGGAUAGCUUUUGCGUCUGACACCGGAGAAAUGUUUGUAACCCAUUUUACAGCAUUGUAAAGAGGAUUAUAAAAUUCCUUCCCACCAGCGCCACAGCAACAUCCUCAGAAUCUGAGCGAACUGCGCCCAGAACAGGCACAGAGCCUCUCAACUGCCAGAAACCCGCAGGGCCCUGGAGAAGACCACAAGAGCAUUGACAGCGCCUUGCCACACCAGCCCGCAGUCCGCCAUGGCCAAGAGCCGCAAGGACAGAAACAGUUGGGGUGGGUUUUCAGAGAAGUCAAGUGAAUGGAGCUCAGAAGAGGAGGAGCCAGUGAGAAAGGCGGGGCCUGUCCAAGUCCUCAUCGUCAAAGAUGACCAUUCCUUUGAGUUAGAUGAGGCUGCGCUGAACCGGAUCCUUCUGUCCGAGGCCGUCAGAGACAAGGAGGUGGUUGCUGUGUCUGUUGCGGGAGCCUUUAGAAAAGGAAAGUCCUUCCUGAUGGACUUCAUGUUGCGGUACAUGUAUAACCAGGAAUCUGUUGAUUGGGUUGGAGAUUACAAUGAACCGUUGACUGGAUUUUCCUGGAGAGGUGGAUCUGAACGAGAAACCACAGGAAUCCAGAUAUGGAGUGAAGUUUUCCUCAUCAAUAAGCUUGAUGGUAAAAAGGUUGCUGUGUUGCUGAUGGACACUCAAGGAACCUUUGACAGUCAGUCCACGUUGAGAGAUUCGGCCACAGUAUUUGCCCUUAGCACAAUGAUAAGCUCAAUACAGGUCUACAACUUGUCCCAAAAUGUCCAGGAGGAUGAUCUUCAGCAUCUCCAGCUUUUCACUGAGUAUGGCAGGUUGGCAAUGGAAGAGACAUUCCUGAAGCCUUUUCAGAGUCUGAUAUUUCUUGUUCGAGACUGGAGUUUCCCAUACGAAUUUUCAUACGGAGCUGAUGGUGGUGCCAAGUUCUUGGAAAAACGCCUCAAGGUCUCAGGGAACCAGCAUGAAGAGCUACAGAAUGUCAGGAAGCACAUCCAUUCCUGUUUUACCAACAUUUCCUGUUUUCUCCUACCUCAUCCGGGCUUAAAAGUAGCUACGAACCCAAACUUUGAUGGAAAGCUAAAAGAAAUAGAUGACGAAUUCAUCAAAAACUUGAAAAUACUGAUUCCGUGGCUCCUGAGUCCCGAGAGCCUAGAUAUUAAAGAGAUCAACGGGAAUAAAAUCACUUGCCGCGGUCUGCUGGAGUACUUCAAGGCAUACAUAAAGAUAUACCAAGGUGAAGAACUGCCACAUCCCAAGUCCAUGUUACAGGCCACAGCAGAAGCUAACAAUUUAGCAGCGGUUGCAACUGCCAAGGACAUAUACAACAGGAAGAUGGAAGAGAUUUGUGGUGGUGACAAACCAUUUUUGGCCCCUAAUGACCUGCAAACCAAGCACCUGCAGCUAAAAGAAGAAUCUGUGAAGUUAUUCCGAGGCGUGAAGAAGAUGGGCGGGGAAGAGUUCAGCCGUCGUUACCUGCAGCAGCUGGAGAGUGAAAUAGAUGAACUCUACAUCCAGUAUAUUAAGCACAAUGACAGCAAAAAUAUCUUCCAUGCCGCUCGCACCCCAGCCACACUGUUCGUUGUCAUCUUUAUCACGUAUGUGAUUGCGGGUGUGACUGGAUUCAUUGGUUUGGACAUCAUAGCUAGCCUGUGCAACAUGAUCAUGGGACUGACGCUUAUCACCCUGUGCACCUGGGCAUAUAUCCGCUACUCUGGGGAAUAUCGAGAGCUGGGCGCCGUAAUCGACCAGGUAGCUGCUGCUCUGUGGGACCAGGGAAGUACAAAUGAGGCUUUAUACAAGCUUUACAGCGCAGCAGCGACCCACAGACACCUGUAUCAUCAAGCUUUUCCUGCACCAAAGUCAGAACCUACUGAACAACCGGAAAAGAAGAAAAUGUAAUUUAAAAAAACGCAGGUGCAUGAUCAUUUGUCAGUCAACUAUCAGAGCUUUUGUUUCCAUGCAAACAUGCAAAGUGCUUCCUUCAGAGAGUGAAAAGCAAACACCUGAGGACUUGAACAGUUUAAUUCUUUACUCCAGUGUUUAAUGAGCAGAUGUAUGUAUGCAUGGUUAUUUGUUAAUGUGCAGUUUCCUGAUUUCUGUCCUUAAAUAUGAUGUUAUCAUUUCAGGUAUCUAUAAAUUUGAGGACAGUAGAUUUGUUUUGCUUGACUUUUCUGAGUUCUACUACUGGGUUAUAAUUAAAUAUUGUGUGGUAUUACUCUGGGUUCAAAUAUGCUCAUUUAAUUUCAUUUAAUUCUCUUAGAAAAUUUAAGUUAUUUUACAUAGCUAUUUGUUAAAGCACAGCAUAACUCGGCAGGCUUGACUUUAACCUAUAUAAUCUUAUACAUACCAUAGGCUCUUAUCUUGAAACAUAUUUGAGAGCUUAAAAGUUGCUUUACCAAAAACUAUACAUUAUUUCUUUUAUAUCUUUAUGAAUUAAUAUAGAAUGUAAAUCUCUUGAUCAAAAAUGCACAAAAAUUGUUUUGUAUAAGUGUUUUGAGUUUCACUGCACUGUAUAUUUUCAUUUGGUACACCACAAAUGUAUUCUUCAUAGGUUUAUUCUUUUAAUAUGUGAACUAUUAAACUUUACUGUUUCCUAACAUUAAACCAAAUGCUCACUGGCUCUAGAACUACUUGGGAGGUCUGAUGUGGCAUGAAAGGCCUAUCCCACCUUAGUUCAAGGUGCAUUUUCUUUCUGAUACCAUUUCAAGACAAGACUGGGUGCUCAAGGUGGUGGGACCAUACACUAUUUCUGAUCCCACUUCAAACUUAAGUAUUCAUCUUAAGAAACACAAGCUAAUUGUAUUAGGUACUUUCUAGUUCUUUGAUGUAAAAAAAAAAGUUUAUUCCUUAGACAAGAUUUUACUAUGCAUCUCAAGCUAGUUUUCAACUUGUGAUGGCCCUGCCACCUCCCCAGCCCUGGAAUUAGAAACAUGUGUUGCUACCUGUAGCAUCCUUCCAGUUCAUGUAAACCAGGGAAUCUGUAUUUCUUUUGGGGGGAAGGGAUGGUUCAAGACAGGGUUUCUCUGUGUAGCCCUGGUUAUCUUGUAACUUGCUCUGUAUACUAAGCUGGCCUUGAACUCACAGAUAUCUCACUGCCUCUGCCUCCCACAUGCUGGGAUUAAAGGUAUGCACCACUACCACCUGGCUAUAAUAUAUUUCUAAUGACUAAAA